AUGGAACACUCAGAUGUGGAAUGGAAGUUCGCUCGUACUCGGCUUUGGAUGAGCUACUUCGAAGAAUCUGCCACAUUGCCACCUCCUUUCAAUAUUCUUCCGACUCCUAAGCUUCUACUCAAGAUGCUGGGCCUUAGGAAGAAGGAUAAGUUGAGGAAAAUGAAGACGAAGGAACAAAAAGAGAAGGAACACGAUGUGCGGUACACAGCUGUGAUGAGAGCUCUAGUAUGGCGAUACGUGUCGGCCAUGCAUAGGAAGAUGGAUGAUGAGGCAGUCACAGAGGAUGACAUCAACGAGCUCAAGGGAGAUGUGUCGGCCUUGAGAUAUGAACUGCUAGAAGUAUUUGAGAAGAACGGCAUGGAUGUCAGCUUCACUGAUAGGAAGGAGAAGAUGGUUCUUGGCAAACGUAUGAAGGUAUGGGAGCGUCGUUUGAUGAAAGACUUCCACGUGGCCCCGGUGUCCUUGGAUGAAGAGAAGCCGGCGGAUGAAGAUGGACUGUCCAGGUUCAGAAGGAUCGCCAAGUUGGCAGUCGCAAGCACUACUAACGCCAAAUGGGAUCAAACGCUUGCCAGUACCGGGAUUUCAUCUCAGAUCGGUCGCUGUCGCAGUAGAGAGUCGUUCAAGAAUCAGCAGAACUUGCAGCGAGCUAUGGAGGAAGCCAGGAAGCUGGUACUUCGCUCGCCAUUACCAGAAGGUUCAAGAGUGGGGACUCCGAUUGAGAUGCCCAUCAGUCCUGGACACACUCUUUUGGAGCUGAUCAAGGAUUUCUCCACGGAAGUGGGGGAGACAGAGGCUGAAGGAGCCGCCACGUCACCUCCGAAGUCACCUUGGAAACCACCAGGAGAAGAAGGUGGUGGUGGUGGUAUGGCUACAGGUGCUCUUCUAUCAGCAAUGGACGCUCGCAGUAGACCAGUGUCUCCCAAACCUGCAACCCCUGCGUCUGCCACCCCAGUGCCUGCUGCAUCACCAGCUCGAGCUCCUGUGCCUGUGAAGACUCCGACAAAGGGUCCAUCACCAGUGCCCACUUCGAGAGGUCCCAGCCCGGUGCCAAAGGCCCCCAGCCCGGUGCCAAAGGCCGCCAGUCCAGUGCCAAAAGCUGUGAGUCCUACAGGUGAAGGGACCACUUCUCCUCAACCAGAUCCAAGUCCUCUGAAAGCAAAGCGUGUGCCUGGAGAAUCGCCACCGAAGGUCAUCAAGCGAAAGCCACCGGGUCCACCUUCACCAUCAGGAGAUGAUUCGGCCUCGGCUAAGCCCGAAGAUGGCGAGACCAAACCUCCAGAAGAUAUAGCAGUAGCCAGACCAGUGGCUCCUGAGAUCAAGCCGGCAGAUGGAGCCAUACCUCCACCCCCACCACCACCGGCGAAGGCUAAGGUAUGUAUGUACUAUCAACUCAACAUCAUUUUCCGUAACCCAAUGAUUUUGCUGCAGGCUCCACCAGCCCCAGCCCCAACAAUGGAAGUAACACCAAGUACACCAGUGCACCCACCAGCUUCAGCUCCGGAGGUGGCUCCCAAGCCACCAUCCCCCCCUAAAGUGGCACCACCACCAUCCAGAGCCGCGUCUCCACAACCUUCCACUUCUGCUGUAGUGCCUCCAUCCCCAGCGCCACCAUCCCCACCAAAGCGGCUGACAUCCACCUCCAGCACGGAACAGCUGAUACCACCAGCGUCUCCUGAACCUCUCCGUCCAGCCAAGAAGUUAGACGAGAUCAAGACCAUUAAGAGACAACAGAAGACCGGCUGGCUAUAG